CUGAAUCAAUAGAAUAUUCAUAAAAACCAAAAAUUAUUAAAUGUGAAGCAUAUAUAUUCUAUAUAUGCAAUUUCUUUCAAUUUCUAAUCUCUCUCGCUCUAUUCUCUGGACAAUAAGUGGCAACUCCGCGGCAACAUGUAUACAAAAACACGGAACAACUAUGAAAACGAAUCGCGCAAUCAAAUGCAAUAAAUGGAAGGAAAACGCGCAAAAAAGAAAAGGCGACCCAAACGAGAAACAACAAGAGAAUAAGUAUUUUAUUUUCGUCGCUUUUGUGCGGUACACAACCAAAAUUUCUAGUUAAUUCGCGCAAUAAGUAAUUAGUUUCGACUUUAAAAACCAAAACAACCACAAUCUUAACUAUUGUAUAAAAACAUCUAAAAAAAAAACGAGUCAACACAAUAAGUUUAGAAUUCUAAAUUGUUUUGGUAAAUUAAACGAAGAAGGCGUGAGCGUGUAAAUAGGGUGUCAAGGAAAGUCCAUCAACAAGAGAACUUUUCCAGAAUCAAAAUACAUAUAAAAUUGAAAUCGUGCAAUCAAUAAACUCGUAGAGACGCUUAAAUCAUCAGGCGGUUAUUAUGAAAGGCAAUUACUAUAAAAUGUCUCGUAACAAAGACAAAUAUGACAGCACGAACAGAAGGCAGCAGAUAUUUCUAUCUGCUGAGGAUAUCGCCGCCGGUAAGAAGACGAACUGGAGCGGUCUCGAGAUAACGGGAUGUGUUAGGAACAUUAGCCCUUCGUUGUGGGAGUUCGAGCAUCUGACAGCACUGUAUUUGAAUGACAACCAGCUGUUGCGUCUGCCAGCCGAUGUGGGAAUGUUGGUUAGCUUGCGUACACUGGAUUUGUCCAGCAAUAAGUUGCGCAGUCUGCCGGCUGAAAUUGGCGAGCUUAUACAGCUAAGGGAACUGUUGCUGAACAAUAACUUUCUGCGCGUGCUGCCUUAUGAAAUUGGCAAGCUCUUUCAUUUGGUCAUACUUGGUCUGAUGGGAAAUCCACUGCAAAAGGAGUUUAUGAACAUCUACAAUGAGCCAAACGGGACGACUAAACUGCUCAACCACAUGCUGGACAACUUGUCGUUCACCGUCAAUCCACCGCCGCAGAGGCCAUGGUUGCCACUGGCCAAGCCUAACAAAACGCGACCAGCCUGCAUUUUCACGGUCAUGUGCUACAAUGUGCUCUGCGAUAAGUAUGCGACGCGACAAAUGUACGGCUAUUGUCCAUCGUGGGCACUGAAUUGGGAGUAUCGCAAGAAGUCCAUUAUCGACGAGAUACGUCACUAUGCGGCAGACAUUAUCAGCUUGCAGGAGAUUGAAACGGAACAGUUCUAUCACUUUUUCCUGCCCGAACUGAAGAAUGACGGUUACGAGGGCAUCUUUUCGCCCAAAUCACGUGCCAAGACAAUGUCCGAGGUGGAGCGCAAGUACGUCGAUGGCUGUGCAAUAUUCUUUAGGACAUCAAAAUUCACGCUGAUUAAGGAGCAUCUCAUUGAGUUCAAUCAGCUGGCUAUGGCGAAUGCAGAGGGCUCGGACAACAUGCUGAAUCGUGUGAUGCCCAAGGAUAACAUUGGGUUGGCCGCUCUGCUGAAGGUGAAGGAAACCGCCUGGGAGCCAAUGUCGGAGGUGACACAGAUCUCACAGCCGCUGCUCGUGUGCACCGCUCACAUACAUUGGGAUCCCGAGUUCUGUGAUGUCAAACUUAUUCAAACAAUGAUGCUGAGCAACGAACUGAAGACAAUCAUUGACGAGGCCAGUCACAGUUUUCGUCCCGGCCACAAGAAUGAUUCGAACAGUGUCCAACUGUUGCUCUGCGGUGAUUUCAAUUCGUUGCCCGACUCGGGUGUCGUGGAAUUUCUGGGCAAGGGACGCGUUGCCAUGGAUCAUUUGGACUUUAAGGAUAUGGGCUACAAGAUGUGCUUGCAGAGAUUGCUGUCGAACGAUACAAACGAGUUUACGCAUUCCUUUAAGCUGGCGUCCGCCUACAGCGAAGACAUUAUGCCCCACACCAAUUACACCUUCGAUUUUAAGGGCAUCAUCGACUACAUAUUCUAUACGAAGACGGGCAUGGUGCCGUUGGGUCUGCUGGGCCCUGUGUCCAACGAUUGGUUGCGUGAGAACAAGGUGGUCGGCUGUCCGCAUCCGCAUAUACCUUCCGAUCAUUUUCCGCUGCUGGUGGAGCUGGAGCUGAUGCACACCGCCAGCCAGCAGGCACCACCCAAUGGGCUGAUUAAUCGGCGGUAGCAAUAGACACGACGUGGAAGGCCGGCGACAAUGUUGACGACGACAA